AUGGAAGGCGGAUUCCGUUUACGAAAAUGGGCCUCCAAUGACCCAGCACUUCGUGAUAAUCAGGCCUCAUGCUCUCAGAAGGAGUUUAUCCUAUCCUCCGACAAAGAAUGUGAAUCACGAACGUUAGGCCUAAUCUGGGAUUGUAAGUGCGAUCACUUCAAGUUUUCCAGCAUCUUGAAUCUUCCACCGUUGGUAACACCUACUAAAAGAAGCAUACUUUCAAGAAUAUCUUUGAUUUUUGACCCUCUCGGACUUCUUGGACCAGCCACAGUUACUGCUAAAAUCAUCAUGCAAGAUCUUUGGCGCCUCAAAGUGGAUUGGGAUGAAUCAUUGCCGUUAAAUAUCAAUACCAAAUGGAAACAAUACAAAUCUGAGUUGCCAGCUUUAAGAGAGAUAACUAUUCCUCGACGUGCUAUCAUCCUCAAAGAACACAUCAGUCUACAACUUCACGGAUUUGCUGACGCUAGCGAGUCAGCCUAUGGGGCAUGUAUCUAUUUACGCGCCACCGAUAUUGAUGGAAUGCAUUCUUGUAGACUACUUUGUUCAAAAAAUCGUAUAGCACCAUUAAAAAGUUUAUCCAUUCCACGUCUUGAGUUGUGCGCAGCUCUGUUAUUAGCACAGCUUACCGACAAAGUCAUGAAGUGUCUAAAGAUCACAAUAAACUCAAUUCAUCUGUGGACUGACUCCACCAUAGUUUUGGCCUGGCUGCAGUCAGUUUCUCGCACCUGGACUCCAUUUGUCGCUAACCGUGUUGGUGAAAUCCAACAAUUGACUGCUAUACAAGAUUGGCACCACGUCAGUAGUCAAGACAAUCCUGCUGAUCUUCUUUCCAGAGGUGUACCACCAGCCUCAUUAUCUCAAUCACAGUUUUGGUGGACGGGACCAUCAUGGUUAAUUCGUGAUAAAAACGAAUGGCCUCAAACUCCAAUCGUUAUCAAGCAACAAGAUAUUCCAGAAUUUAAGUCCGUCUCCAUCUCUACAGUCAUCACUCAAAAUCCAUGGGAUAUUUUCGAACGAUAUUCAAGUUUCAUGAAACUUCUCAGAGUAGUAGCAUAUACAUGUCGUUUUAUCAACAAAUUAAAGCAGAAGGUCAAACCUUCCAAAGAUUUUUCGUCGAUUACUAACACAAAUCUCCAUAUCUUGCCUGAAGAGAUAAAUCAUGCCACUCAAGUUCUAGUUAAAUUAGUGCAAAGAUCACACUUUUCCAGAGAGCUGAAUAUACUUUCAAAUCAACAAAAUCUCAACAAAAACAGUCCUAUACUACGAUUAAAUCCAUUUAUUGACAAAGCUGGAAUCUUAAGAGUCGGUGGUCGCCUCAACUUAUCGAACCUUUCAUUCAGUACCAAACAUCCAAUGCUGCUUCCAGGGCAUCAUUCGCUGGCACGUCUUAUCGUUAGACAUGAACAUGAAAGACAUUUCCAUGCUGGCCCCCAGGCUACACUAGCCGCUGUACGUCAAAACUUCUGGUUGAUUUCGGCCAGAGAUGUUCGACAAAUCACUCGCAAGUGCACAAUUUGCUUCCGGAGCGCUCCAAAAACAGCAUCGACACUCAUGGGAGAUCUUCCCAAGGCCAGAAUCACAGUUCCUACACGAGUCUUUGAAAAAUGCGGGAUUGAUUAUGCUGGCCCGUUUUACUACAAAAAUGGAUAA